ACCAAUGACAAAAGAAAGCCAAUUAAAGUCAUCGGACGCCUCGUGUCAGAUCAGAAACAAUUGAAGCAAGCAAGAAAAAAAAAAAAAGCAAAAGAAAGAGUCAGAUGGGUUAUCUUCCAAAACUGGCAGCAGCUACGAUCGCAUUCCUUUUAUUAUGCAGUAAUGUCAGAAGUGUUCCAAAUACAACCGUCAUAACUGUUCUCUGCAACACGGUUGUCUAUUCCGAGGGCGAUCCUUUUGCCAUCAGUUUGGCCUAUGUCCUUGACAAAUUGGAGACUGUCACGCCUACCCGCAAAGGUUACGAUUACUUCAACAUCUCCCCAUAUCCUAAUGCUUUUGCCUAUGGUCAUGCGGCUUGUAACCAAAACCUCACAAGCUCGGAUUGUGCAACUUGUUUGGAUGCUGCUAAAACAACCAUGUUUGGAACUUGUCAAAGUCGAAUAGGGGCCCGCUCGGUGCUUCAUGAUUGUACAAUUAGGUAUGAGCAAUAUCCAUUUGCUGAUUAAACAGCUUUCUGACUGGAAUAGUGUUUGUU